AUUCGGGACCAACGAGUUCCAGUUGCUUACAGGAUGGGAGGCGCUUGGACAACUGUGACCGAGCGGCCCCAAUGAGUUAAAAAAAAACGGACGCCACAUUACGAGUAGAGAGAGAGAGGGCUCUCAAUGACUGGGGCUGCAGGGUGGAUGGAUGCGGGGGCUGGCUGCUCGCAUGAAAACGCGCGCAUUCCUGCGCGGCUGUCAUGUACGCUGAGGCUGUGAGUAGGAAGGGCUCAUUGCUUUGGGCUGAGCGCAGGAGGAGCGUUGCGCUCAGUGACUCCCGCCGGUGGUGAGCAGAAACGACGGGGGCUCGGGGGCACGGGGGGGGACUCACAGAGAUCCCGAGCGUGGAGCCACGCGGCUCCAAAAGUCAGUGCAGCACCAGGACUCGGGAAGGAGGAAUGACAAUCAGUGAGUGCAUCUGACCGAAGACCCGAGAUAUAUUAUUAUACUUGUAUAUGCGUGCAAAGAAAACAAGGUAUUGCAACCAACAAACUAUUUAAACUUUAAAUAUAAGAAACUAGAAUUCAUAUUAAUUGACAACUGUAAAUAACAGCAAAAUGUAUUGAAAUAUGCAUGAUGACGUAAUUGAAAGAAAACGCCGCUAGCCGCUGACAUCGCAAUCGAGUGACUCUGACGUCCAGCUGUAUUUCCAGCAGCCGUAUGAACACGUUUAUGUUGACAGGCCUGUAAGCUCAUCACCGUCCACGCAUCGGCAUGGCUCUCCGAAGACUGCCCGGGGUGCUACGACUACCACUUGCGCCGGUGGCACCGCUGGCGCUGGCGCUGCUGCUGUGCGCCGGAGUCUGCACGCCGGCCUUCCCGCCCUCGCCACGGAGGUCGGCGCUGGGCGAGCUGCCCGGCGGCGGCGGCGGCGGGCGGCGCUCGUUCCACCGCGUGCAGCACGGCGCCUGCGUCUACACUUUCCUGCUGCCCGAGGUGGACGGGUGCCGGGCGGCCGCGGCCGACCGGGGGGGUGCAGCGGGCCCUGCCACUGCCGCCGCCGCGGCGUCCCAGAGCGGCUACGGUGGCAACCCCAACGCGCUGCCGCAGCGCGAUGCGCCAGCGUCUGCGGCGACCCCCGAGACCGAGUGGCCGCAGCCUCGGCUCCAGCAGCUGGAGACUUUGCUGGAGAACAACACGCAGUGGCUGCGCAAGAGAAUCCACUGUGCCUUCACGCAGAAGUGCGUCUCCCGGGCGGAGUGCAUGCUGCGGAGUGCCUGCCCCGACGCCAAGUGUACAUUUCUAACGUCCUGCAGGCAUGACAACCGCCAUGAGGGACACACUGAACACUCUGCCCGGGGUCUGCUGGAGGGGUUCAUCCAGGACAGCGUGCACAGCGAGACGGCGCAGCAGCAGCAGACAGCCGUGCACAACCAGACGGCCGCUAUGCUGCAGAUCGGCACCAGCCUGCUGAGCCACACGGCUGAGCAGACGCGCAAGCUCUCCGACGUGGAGGCGCAGGUGUUAAACCAGACGACCAGGCUGGAGAUUCAGCUCCUGGAGAACUCGCUGUCGACCAACAAGCUGGAGAGAGAGGUUCUGCAGCAAACGCAUGACAUCAGCCGGCUGCACGACAAAAACAGCUUGCUGGAGCGGAAGGUGGUCGAGGUGGAGCAGAGGCAGCAGCAGGAGCUGCAGGCGCUGCGGCGUGAGCGCGACGAGCUGCAGCAGGCUGUGCUGCAGCGCGGCGAGCUCAUGGACGCCCUGGAGCGCCAGCUGCUGGGGGCCACGCACAACCAGACGGUGCUGCAGCGGCAGCAGGCGGAGCUCACCGAGACGGUGCGCACGCUGCUCAACGCCAUCGCGCAAGCGAGCAGCCAAGGGCCCGCAAAGGAAGACGCGAUCCUUUUCAGCGACUGCGCCGACGCGUACGAAGCUGGACUCACGGCCAGCGGCGUUUACACCGUCAAAAUCUCGGACAGCACCGAGGCCAUGAAGGUAUACUGCAACAUGGAGUCACAAGGCGGCGGGUGGACAGUCAUCCAGCACCGAGAAAACGGCGCCACAGACUUCCACCGCCCAUGGCAGGAGUACAAGAUGGGCUUUGGUGACGUGGCGGCAGAGCACUGGAUGGGGAACCAGCAUGUGUACUACCUGUCGCACCAGCAGCACUUUGUGCUGAGGGUGGAGCUGCGCGACUGGGAGGGCAACGUCGCCUUCUCGCAGUAUGAGCGCUUCUACAUCAGCAGCGAGAAGCUCAACUACAGGAUCUACGUUAAAGGCUACACGGGCACAGCCGGCAAGUACAGCAGCUUUGCGCAGUCCGGCAUAGACUUCAGCACCAAAGACAUGGACAACGACAACUGCGCUUGCAAGUGUGCGCAGAUGGCAACAGGAGGCUGGUGGUUUGAUGCAUGUGGCCCCUCCAACCUCAACGGCAUGUACUACACGGCCGGGCAGAACACCGGCAAGUUCAACGGCAUCAAGUGGCAUUACUGGAAGGGCUCGAGCUACUCUCUGCGAUCCACCACCAUGAUGAUCCGACCGGUGGACUUUGGAGUGUGACGUCCGCCUAAUGGACCCGAUGAGACGCAUUCCCUUCUGCUGGAACGCGGUGGCUGGGACGGAAGCCAGAGACGGACUUCCGUACGGCGUCACCGCUCACGUUGGGAAUGCCGAGAGCCACGAACUGCAAACCAAAACCUUCCACACCUCCCCCACAUCCCCGCAGCAUAUGGCUCCGUGCCACUGAGGAUUCUCAAUAAGAUGAAGGUGAAGCUGACGACAAAACGACUCACCUGGUGCUGUGCCGUGCAAAAUACACAUUCAUGUUUUGCGAACGCUUUGUUUCUGUACAGACCGCUGUUGUAAUUACGUAUUUUGCACCGCGUUAUUACUCGAAUAGUAAAUGUCGCAUACCCUCCUAUUGUUAUAAUUU